UGGCAAGUAACAUUCACGCUGCACAAAUGCCAGGCAAUGACCAUCUCCAGUCAGACAUUCAGUGGUGUUGCCAUCACUGACCAGAAACUCCACUGGACUCACCAAAUAAAUGCAGUUAUUACAAGAGCAGGUCAGACACUAGGAGUCCUGCAGCGAUUAACUUACUGCCUGACUCCCCAAAGCCUAUCCAGCAUCUCGAGGCACAAGUCAGGAGUGUGAUGGAAUACUCCCUACUUGCCUGGAUGAGUGCAGCCCCAACAACACUCAAGAAACUCGACAUCAUCCAGGACAAAACAGCUUGCUUAAUUGGCACCAUAUCCACAAACAUCCACUCCCUCCAUCACCGACGCUCAGUAGCUGGAGUGUGUACUAUCUACAAGAUGCGCUGCUGAAAUUCACCAAAGCUCCUCAUGCAGCACCUUCCAAACCCAGGACCGCUUCCACCUAGAAGGACAAGUGCAAUAAAUACAUGGGACCACCAACACCUGCAAACCCUUUCCAAGUUCAUCAUCCUGACUUGGAAAUAUAUCACCAUUCCUUCAAUACCGCUGGAUCAGCAUCCUGGAACCCCCUCAUGAAGGGCAUUGUGGGUCUACCUCAUUGUGGGUCUGCUCGUGGACAGUGGCUGUUCGAGAAUGCAGCUCACCACCACCUUCUGAAGGUGCAACUAGGACAGGCAGGAAAUGCUGACACUCGGGUAACAUUUGGGCAAGAGCUGAAUUCCCGAAUAUUGGUUAUUAAAGCUGCUGAGGACUCUGCUGCCCAAUAUAUGAAUUUUAUGAAUGUUAUCUUUGCAGCACAGAAACAGAAUAUUCUGAUUGAUGCAUGUGUUUUGGACUCCGAAUCUGGGUUACUUCAGCAAGCGUCUGAUAUAACUGGAGGGUUAUAUUUAAAAAUACCACAGAUGCUCUCACUCUCACAGUAUUUACUGUGGGUAUUUUUACCAGACCCUGAGCAGAGGUCUCAGCUUGUCCUACCCCCUCCAGUUCAUGUGGAUUAUCGAGCUGCCUGUUUCUGUCACCGUAAUUUGAUUGAAAUUGGUUACGUGUGUUCGGUCUGCUUAUCAAUAUUUUGCAACUUUAGUCCCAUUUGCACUACAUGCGAGACUGCUUUCAGAAUUGCUCUGCCACCUGUAUUGAAAACCAAGAAGAAGAAGCCAAAACUCCCAACACACAACUAUUUGACGAGCUGACACCAGUGAACCAGGACCCUUCAGUUCGCCUUUCUCCUUUGGAGAUGCUUCACUUUUACCUGCUUCAAGUAUUUGGUGGAAUCAGUGCAAUAAUCCUGAUCCACAACAUUCCCUCGAUUACUUCUGGGAUACAACAGCAGGAGGAUUUCAUACUGUAACACAAAGUGUUAAACUUUUUUAAAUUGUGUGGUUGAAAUAGGCACAAUUGUAAAACAUCCAUUUUUUUCAAGUUUCAUUGACCAAUUUGCUGUGUCACGUUUUGGAAAUUAUAAUGUUAUUUGCAGAAUAAAUACACGGUGCAGAUUC